UCCAGCGGCAGCAGUGGCUUCAUGAUAUCUCUCGGCCAUGACACACUUUUGACAUGCCCUCCCUUAACCCGCUCACACUGUCUCUCUUGCCCUGCAGCAUGGACCAAAGAGAAAUUCUGCAGAAGUUCCUGGCUGAGGCCCAAAACAAGAAAAUUAACAAAGAAGAGUUUGCCAGUGAGUUUCUGAAGCUGAAAAGACAAUCCACCAAGUACAAGGCAGACAAAACCUAUCCUGCAACUGUGGCUGAGAGGCCCAAGAAUAUCAAGAAAAAUAGAUAUAAGGAUAUCUUGCCCUAUGAUCAUAGCCGAGUAGAGCUGUCCCUGAUAACCUCGGACGAGGAGUCCAAUUACAUCAAUGCCAACUUCAUUAAGGGAGUUUAUGGACCCAAGGCUUAUAUUGCCACCCAAGGACCUCUGCCUAUGACUCUCCUGGACUUCUGGAGGAUGAUUUGGGAAUACAGUGUCCUGAUCAUUGUUAUGGCAUGCAUGGAGUUUGAAAUGGGGAAGAAAAAGUGUGAGCGCUACUGGGCUGAGCCAGGAGAGGUACAACUGCAGCUUGGCCCUUUCUCCGUCUCCUGUGAAGCUGAAAACAGAAAAUCUGAUUACAUAAUCAGGACUCUAAAAGCCAAGUUCAAUGGCGAAACUCGAACUAUCUACCAGUUUCAUUACAAGAAUUGGCCAGACCAUGAUGUGCCCUCAUCUAUAGAGCCUAUUCUUGAGCUCAUCGGGGACGUGCGUUGCUACCAAGAGGAUGACAGUGUUCCCAUAUGCAUUCACUGCAGUGCCGGUUGUGGAAGGACUGGUGUUAUCUGUGCUAUUGAUUAUACAUGGAUGUUGCUGAAAGAUGGGAUAAUUCCUGAGAACUUCAGUGUUUUCAGUUUGAUCCAAGAAAUGCGAACACAGAGGCCUUCAUUAGUUCAAACUCAGGAACAGUAUGAAUUGGUCUACAAUGCUGUACUGGAACUAUUUAAGAGACAGAUGGAUGUUUUCACGGAUAAACACUCUAGAACAGAGAUUGAAGGAAAGUAUUCAGUUCCUGACCAAAAUCCUACCCUAGAAGCAGACUCUUAUUCUCCUAAUUCAUCAAAAAGCAGCAUAAAAGAAACAAAAACGAUAAACCCACAGAGCAAACAAAGGAUAAGGAUGAAAAAUUCAGAAGCUUCUUCCUGUGACCUGAGGACUUCUGAAAUAAGUAAAAAGGAGAAGUUAGUUUUACACCCUGCUAAACAGAGCACUUCUUUAGACUUUUUGGAGCUAAACUGUGGUUGUAACAAAAAUGCUGACACUAACAAGCAAUGGGAGACAAAGUUAUUUCCAAUAGCUGGGGAGCCUCUUCACAAGCAUCAGAGUUUGGAUUUGAGCUCCAUUUUGUUUGGAGCAUGUCCUGAUUCUAAACCUGUAAAUGCAGCAGGAAGAUACUUUAAUUCAAAGAGACCAAUAACGCGGACCAAAUCAACCCCCUUUGAAUUGAUACAACAGAGAGACACCAAGGAGCUGGACAUAAAGGAGAAUUUUUCUUAUUUGGAAUCUCAACCAUACAACUCUUGUCUUGAGCAGGCUCUAAAAGUGAUGCACGUCUCUUCAGCAGAACUGAAUCAUUCACUGCUGUAUGACUCUAAGCACCAAAUAUGUAAUGCCUCUAAUGCAAAGCAGCGUGACUCCAGUGCUUUUAAUGUAGAUUCUUCCAUGUCUGUAUCAGAUCCUUAUUUUUCAUCAUUGUGUCCAAGUAGCACUGGUUCAAAGAUGUCUCUUAACUUACUGGAGAAGCAAGAUAGAACUGAUUCCCCUUGUUCUUCAUUACCAACAUCCUCCACAAGCCUCUUUUCUUACAACAAUUCACAUGAUUCUUUAGCACUGAAUUCUCUGACCAGUUCUGUCACACCACUGAACCAGGAGACAGCAGUAGUCGCAACUUCUCCAAGGAUAGAUGAUGAAAUCCCCCCUCCCCUUCCUGAACGGACACCUGAAUCUUUUAUUGUCAUAGAGGAAGCUGGAGAAUUACCACUGAGUAUUCCCAAAUCCUUAUCUUCAGCUAUGAAUGUAAAAAUUAGAACAUCACUAGAAUGGGAUGGAACAUCUGAAACAAAGAAAUUUGAUGACUGUGUGAGACUUAGACCAAGCAAGAGUGUAAAACUUCGGAGUAUCAAAUCAGAUUUACAUCAAGAUCGUUCUUCUCCUCCACCACCUCCACUGCCAGAAAGAACCCGAGAGUCCUUCUUUCUUGCUGAUGAAGAUUGUAUGCUGGCUCAAUCUCUAGAGACUUAUUCAACUAGCUGUCCUAACACCGUGGAAAAUCCAACAUCUUCAAAACAGACACUGAAGACUCUUGGAAAAAGUUUCACAAGGAGUAAGAGUUUGAAAAUUUUACGCAACAUGAAAAAGAUGUCUAGCCCGCUGCUUGGCACAUGGUAUCUGUACUUCUUCCCCAUCAAACAAGCCUGCAGACUCUGUUCGGUCAAGUAACUCUAGCUCCUUCCUGAAUUUUGGUUUUGCAAAUCAUUUUUCAAAACCCAAAGGACCAAGGAACCCACCACCAACUUGGAAUAUUUAACACAAUUUUGGAAUAUAGGCUGCAAGUGCAUCUGCAAAAAAAUCUACUAGAAUAAAAUAAUUGCUCGGUAUUUGUAAUUUCAACAACAAAGAUAUGGUAAUGUUUCAAUAGCUUUUAAAAGAAAAACAAUAUAUAAACAAGUGCUAGAAGUUUUACAUUUUCAUCUCAGUUUUAUUGGGCUGGCAACCACAAAUCAAAGUGUUUCACUUGAGUUUAUAUAGAGAAUGCUGUAUGAGAAACAAUUUAAGCAUGAACUGAUUUUUCAUUUUUGUAAGUUAGUUUUACUGUAUGUUUCUACAUAAAUAUAAACUUAAAAAGGUAUAUAAGAAUUGGAUCUCAAUUAAAUGUCCACCUUGCUAUAAUUUACUAUAAAAAGGGUUUAAAAAAAUCUUACUUGUGGUUGCAGUACAAAAUUACCGCUUGUCACAAUGACUAUUCCCUGGUAGUUAUUUUUGCCUAAAUGAAGUAUACAUUGUACUCUUCCCAACAAAUGUUGUGGGAAUGUAGAGUAGUAAGAAAAGUUGUAUUUUAAGAGAAUAAAAUGUAAAUAGUUUAGUAUUAGGAUAUACUAACAAAAUGUUCACCUACAUUUAUGAUAACUUAUAACUGAAGUUAUUCAAUUACCAAAUCUAGAAGAAUUAUCAACAAAAUAGCUUUCUUCUGGUGACAUUUUCCUUAUUUCAAAGGUCCUAUAUAAACACGUGCAGCUUACAUCCAAAUAGCCAGAGGUACUCCUACUUAAAAAUUUAGAUGUCAAUAUGGAUCUGCCUUAAAAUCUUAUCUUUCAAAUCCAAUUUUAUGUAACAGUAAUUUCUAUUACAAAAGAUUCCCCUGAGUUUUAAUGAUUCAACUUCAUUUUAAAAAGCUUACUUAAAACUUCCAGAAAAAUGAGGUAUUUAAACUGUUAGUAUUUUUUAGGAAGCCUAAUGCUGGUGCAAACCGGAUGAAAUAUUGUUACCUGUUUAUUGUAGUACAAUAUAUACAGUAGGUGCUCAAUAAACUUUUUUGUUUUUCAACUAUCUUUACUGUAUUGUUAAUUUAGCUGAGUAUUUCUCCAGGCACUGGUGCAUCAAAACACAGUGAUGUUAUCUGCGUACUUUAUAGUAAUGAAUUAUUUUCAAACAUCUUUACCAAGGACCAAAAUAUUAAAAGAAUCUUAGGUAAAUAAAAUCUAAGUUGACGAAAUUGUAAAUGAAUUCCUGAGCAGGGACCUUGAUGCAGUUACGAGUUUUGGAGCGUUCCCUGAUAGACGCACUUUUCAGACUGAUGCAACGUUACAGUUAUAAUUUGAAAAAAUCCUACGAAAAAAAUUUAAAACAUUGUUUUCCAUCUAGAAUUUUUUCCUAACUGUAAGGAUGACUUCGAAAUAAAUGAUGGACUCUACCUUUAUUGGCAUUAGAGGGGAUGCUGGGCAGCGCUCACCAGGUUCCCAGGCAGUUCUAGCACCUGCCUUGUUACGCCUGCAGCUGUAACCAUAGCAAUGCCCAUGAAGAGGCUCAAAAAAUUUCUGAAUUGCAGCCUCAUUAGAUUUUAAAGCAAAAUCGUCCUUAUUUCACAUAUUAAGUUCACCUUUCCUCUUCAUUCACCACUUGUCCAAAAUAAAAGGCAGGAUAUUUUUAUCUCACAAAGGUUAUGAGAGGAAUAUGAACUUUCAAAGUAAGUAUGGAGACUACCUACUCCAUGUAAAAAUAAAGGGGCACACGAAGAUAAUAAUGAGAACGCGCCGACAGACUCUGAAAGCCAUUAACAUUGUUUAGGCCGUUGAGGCGUUUGGCGGCAACUCUCCGCCCAGCGGCAGUUGCGUCGCAGCCAGAAGCGUGACUCGGCGCACGCUCUCUCCCGGCU